CACGGUUCACGAGGUCGGCUGUGCUUUGCGGUGUGAUAGUGACUGUGCCCGGUGUUGGUGGUGGUCUUGUGGAUUAAAGGGUUUUCUUCCCCACCUCCCCGGGAAGUUUGUUCCGGCCUGGUGGUUCGAAUGACGCUAUCUACGAUGGCCACUGAUGCCGUCGCUUUGCUCGUGGAAAAGUAGUGUUGAUAAGAGAGCGGUACUCUGUGCUUCCAGAGGCCAUCUUGUCGUCCUUCGAAUACCAGAAAACGCAAAACUGGCCACCAGGAUGUGGUUCCCGUUGGCACUGUUGUGCGUUGUUCUGCUGGAGUUUGCCGAAAUUGUCGGUGCUUCGGCGGCGGCGGCUGGUGCCAACAGCGGUCUGGACGAGGCGCUGGAGGUCACCUUUAGCGAGCGUACACGUGCGGAUUGGGAGAAGGUCUGGCACCAGGAAAGCCACUCGCGAUGCCGCGAGAAGCUGAUACGCCAUCUGUACUGGGCCUGCGAGAAGGAUAUUUACCGGAUUUCGAGACGUAACGAUGCACCGCAGAUGGACACGGUGCCAGUGGGCACAGGAAAGCGAAGUGAUCCGUUCGCAGUACGGCGAAAGAUGGAGUACCAGGACGAGGAACGAGCGCUAUCGGAGGUGGAGGAUGAUGAUCGGCUGCUCCCUGCUACCGGGGAGCAGGUUGCGAAUGAAGUUGAGGCCCCGUACCCGUGGGCAAUCGAUCCACGGGAAGCCCAUGCGUUCCUGCGUACCCGGCGUACCGGAAAGCGACGCUCCGGAGGGUCCAUUACGGCCGAGUGCUGCAAUCGUACCGGCUGCACGUGGGAAGAGUACGCCGAGUACUGCCCGUCGAACAAGCGGCUGAACCACUAUCGGCGCAGAAAAUGAAAACUUCUUGGACCAAACUGUAAUCGGUAGAGUGACGACGCGGAGGACGACAAAGUGUCCAGGGAAAUGUGACCAGCGUCUCGAGAGCCUUGGAGGAGGGGUGGUGUUCCGUUUGGAGUCUAGCUAGAAACAGCCAGUUCUUUACAUCUGUCGCGGGGAAAGAUCACCGGGCAAAUUAUCACCCAACCUGGAGAGGUAGAACGAGGAGAAUGUCCCCGGUAAUUCCUGAUCAUCGUGUGUGUCCGUUUCUAGAGUUUAUGGGUUUGUGUUUCCGUUCCGUUGGGCAAAAGUAUUUGUGAAAAUAAAGGAAACCGCACUACAAUUUAUACCAUCA